GGGCCGGGCCAGGCUAGGCUGCGCGCGCGGGGCGGCUGGCUAAACUUCACCAAAUAAUAGCUGGCUGGGCUUUGGCUGCUGCAGGAGCCAUUUUAGAAGUAACAUUCAUCCUCAAGUUGAUGAUAAUGAAAAUACAGAAGAAAGAAAAGCAGCUGUCUCAUUCCCUGAUGUCUGGCGCCUCACUCCCUUGCGAGUACAAGCCCCAGGCCCCCUUUGCCAGCAGCGCCGAUCGGGAGGACCUGUGUCCCCACAUGAACAUUGCAGACUUGGCCAGUCACUACCAGCGCCCGGAGGAGGAGCCUGGCGAGGCUGUACAGAAGAGGACGCCAUCCCAGAAUGGCAUGCAGGACAGUGGGGGUGGGGGCACCGGGGUGAAGAAGAAACGGAAGAAAAAGGCCCUGGGGGAGUUGGAAGUGGGGGAGAAAGGAGCCUUGGAGAGAGAAAUGAAACCAAAGAGGAAGAGAGAGCCCAAAGAGCCAAAGGAGCCCAAGAAACCCAGAGAGCCCAAGAAACCCAGGGAGCCCAGGCAGAAGGAGGCAGCCAAGAAACCCAGGAAACCCCGGGAGGCCAAAGCCCCCAAGGAGCCUAAAGAAAAGAAGAGCAGCACUGAGCCGGCCCCCAAGGCAAAGCCCAGAAAGGCCAGCAAGGAGCAAGGACCAACCCCUGUGGAGAAGAAGAAAAAAGGGAAAAGGAAAAACGAGAUCCCAGUGGAGAGUUUGGAAUCGGAUCAAGGCCUUCUGAGCCCAUCUCUGCAGAGCCCCGAGGAGUCUGCUGAGUCGGCCGACAGCCAGAAGCGCCGUUCAGGCCGCCAGGUGAAGCGGAGGAAGUACAACGAGGACCUGGAUUUCAAAGUGGUGGAUGACGAUGGCGAGACGAUAGCAGUGCUGGGAGCUGGGCGAGCCUCCGCGCUCUCCGCGUCUACGCUGGCAUGGCAAGCAGAGGAGCCCCCUGAGGAUGAUGCCAACAUCAUUGAGAAGAUCCUCGCCUCCAGACUGGUGCAGAAGGAGGUUCACCCAGGCGGCCUGGCCUAUGAGAUGGAGGAAUUCUACGUCAAGUACAGGAACUUCUCCUACCUGCACUGCAAGUGGGCGACGCUGGAAGAGCUGGAGAAGGACCCCAGGAUCUCUCAGAAGAUAAAGCGCUUUCGGAACAAGCAGGCCCAGAUGAAGCAUAUCUUCACGGAGCCUGAUGAGGAUUUGUUCAACCCAGACUACGUGGAGGUGGAUCGGAUCCUGGAGGUGGCUCACACGAAGGACUCUGACACCGGGGAGGAGGUGACCCACUACCUGGUCAAGUGGUGCUCGCUGCCGUACGAGGAGAGCACCUGGGAGCUGGAGGAAGACGUUGACCCUGGAAAAAUCAAAGAGUUCGAGUCCUUGCAGAUCCCACCAGAGAUCAAACAUGUGGAGCGCCCCGCUUCCGAGUUCUGGCAGAAACUGGAGAAGUCACGGGACUAUAAGAAUAGCAACCAGCUGCGGGAGUACCAGUUGGAGGGGAUGAACUGGCUGCUCUUUAACUGGUACAACAGGAAGAACUGCAUCCUGGCGGAUGAGAUGGGCUUGGGGAAGACGAUCCAGUCGAUCACCUUCCUUUCUGAGAUCUUCCUGAUGGACAUUCAUGGUCCCUUCCUCAUCAUCGCGCCGCUCUCCACCAUCACCAACUGGGAGCGGGAGUUCCGCACCUGGACGGAGAUGAAUGCCAUCGUGUACCACGGCAGCCAGAUCAGCAGGCAGAUGAUCCAGCAGUACGAGAUGGUGUACAGGGACGCGCAGGGUAACCCUCUUCCAGGGAUCUUCAAAUUCCAUGUGGUGAUCACCACCUUCGAGAUGAUCCUGGCCGACUGCCCCGAGCUGAAGAAGAUACAGUGGCGCUGCGUGGUCAUCGAUGAGGCCCAUCGGCUGAAGAACAGGAACUGCAAGCUGCUGGAGGGGCUGAAGCUCAUGGCUCUGGAACACAAGGUGCUGCUGACCGGGACGCCCCUGCAGAACUCAGUGGAGGAGCUCUUCAGCCUGCUGAACUUCCUGGAGCCCCAGCAGUUCCCCUCGGAGACGGCGUUCCUGGAGGAGUUUGGGGACCUGAAGACAGAGGAGCAGGUGAAGAAGCUGCAGUCAAUCCUGAAGCCCAUGAUGCUGCGGCGGCUGAAGGAUGAUGUGGAAAAGAACCUAGCGCCCAAGCAGGAGACCAUCAUUGAGGUGGAGUUGACCAACAUCCAGAAGAAAUACUACCGGGCCAUCCUAGAGAAGAACUUCUCCUUCCUGUCCAAGGGCGCCAACCAGCACAACAUGCCCAACCUCAUCAACACCAUGAUGGAGCUGCGCAAGUGCUGCAACCACCCCUAUCUCAUCAAUGGGGCGGAGGAGAAAAUCCUGGAAGAUUUCCGUAAGUCGCACAGCCCAGAGGCGCUGGACUUCCAGCUGCAGGCCAUGAUCCAGGCGGCUGGCAAGCUGGUGCUGAUUGACAAGCUGCUGCCCAAGCUGAUCGCCGGUGGGCACAAGGUGCUGAUCUUCUCCCAGAUGGUGCGCUGCCUGGACAUCCUGGAGGACUAUCUCAUCCAGAGGCGAUACACCUACGAGCGCAUUGACGGGCGGGUGCGUGGGAACUUGCGCCAGGCUGCCAUCGAUCGCUUCUGCAAACCAGACUCAGACCGCUUCGUCUUCCUCUUGUGCACCAGGGCAGGAGGCCUGGGCAUUAACCUCACAGCUGCCGACACCUGCAUCAUCUUUGAUUCGGAUUGGAACCCACAGAACGACCUCCAGGCGCAGGCGCGCUGCCACCGGAUUGGGCAGAGCAAGGCCGUGAAGGUCUAUCGCCUCAUCACCAGGAACUCCUACGAGCGCGAGAUGUUCGACAAGGCCAGCCUCAAGCUGGGCCUGGACAAGGCCGUGCUGCAGGACAUCAACCGCAAGGGCAGCACCAAUGGGGUGCAGCAGCUCUCAAAGAUGGAGGUCGAGGACUUGCUACGGAAAGGAGCGUACGGGGCUUUAAUGGACGAGGAAGAUGAAGGCUCCAAAUUCUGUGAGGAAGAUAUCGAUCAGAUCCUGCAGCGCAGAACCCAAACGAUCACUAUCCAGUCGGAGGGGAAGGGCUCCACCUUUGCUAAGGCCAGCUUUGUCGCUUCAGGGAACAGAACCGACAUUUCCUUGGAUGACCCCAACUUCUGGCAGAAGUGGGCUAAGAUAGCAGAGCUGGACACAGAUGCGAAGAAUGAAAAGGAGAGCUUAGUGAUCGACAGGCCCCGUGUCCGCAAGCAGACCAAGCACUACAACUCCUUUGAGGAGGAUGAGCUGAUGGAGUUCUCGGAGCUGGACAGUGACUCCGACGAGCGGCCCACGCGCUCGCGACGCCUCAAUGAGAAGACGCGGCGCUACCUGCGGGCCGAGUGCUUCCGCGUGGAGAAGAACCUACUCAUAUUCGGCUGGGGGCGCUGGAAGGAUAUCCUGACCCACGGACGGUUCAAAUGGCACCUGAAUGAGAAGGACAUGGAGAUGAUUUGCCGGGCCCUCCUGGUCUAUUGCGUCAAACACUACAAGGGAGAUGAGAAGAUUAAGAGUUUUAUCUGGGAUCUGAUCACUCCGACGAAGGACGGCCAGAACCAGGCCCUGCAAAAUCACUCAGGGCUGUCAGCCCCAGUGCCCAGGGGCAGGAAGGGGAAGAAGAUGAAGAACCAGAUGCUGCUCCCUGAGAUAAAGAACGCGGACUGGCUGGCCAGCUGCAACCCCGAGAUAGUCCUGCACGAUGACAGCUACAAAAAGCACCUGAAACAGCACUGCAACAAGGUGCUGCUGCGGGUGCGAAUGCUCUACUAUCUGAAAGCUGAAGUGCUGGGAGAGGUGGCUGACAAAGCCUUCGAAGGGAUCCCGGCCAGGGAGCUGGACGUGCUGCUGCCGGACAUCGACUACGUGGAGAUCCCAGUGGACUGGUGGAAUGCAGAGGCCGAUAAAUCGCUGCUUAUUGGAGUUUUCAAACACGGUUACGAGAGGUACAACGCCAUGCGAGCAGACCCAGCACUGUGCUUCCUGGAGAAGGUGGGCAUGCCAGACGAGAAGCUGCUGUCUGCGGAGCAGGGCGUCAGCGAUGGGGCACAGGAUACUGCAGAAAGAGGAAACGUUGAGAAAGAAGAGAACAGCGGAGACAGAGUGGAGGGGCUGCCACAGCAGGAGGAUUCUGGGAAUUUGUGUGGAGAAGCUGCCGAGAAGCAGGAUGACAAUGUGGCAGCCCAGGAUGGCUCCGACUCAGACAGAUCCUGCUGGCCUGUCUCGUCCGCCCUCACAGCCAGACUGCGGCGGCUCGUCACCGUCUACCAGCGCUGCAACCGCAAGGAGCUGCCCCCCCGAGCCGAGAUGCUGGUGCCCAGUAACCAUGGCUACUGGCUGCAGGAGGAGAUGUUCAGGAGAGCUGCUGAGAUGGACCCGGUGAACAAGGAAAUGCAGAAAAGAUGGACGAGAAGGGAGCAGGCAGAUUUCUACCGCACUGUCUCCUCCUUCGGGGUCAUCUAUGACCAGGAGAAGAAGGCCUUUGACUGGACCCAGUUCCGAGCCAUUUCCCGCUUGGAGAAGAAGACAGAUGAGAGCCUGGAGAAAUACUUCUACAGCUUCGUGGCCAUGUGCAGGAACGUCUGCCGUCUUCCCCUCUGGAAAGAGGACGGUCCACCUGAUCCCAGCAUCUAUGUUGAGCCAAUCACUGAAGAACGUGCUGCAAGAACGCUGUACCGGAUUGAACUUCUAAGGAAGGUCCGGGAGCAAGUGCUCAAGUACCCGCAGCUCCAUGAGCGGCUCACGCUGUGCAGGCCCAGCCUGUACCUUCCUGUCUGGUGGGAGUGUGGCAAGCAUGACCGAGACCUGCUGCUUGGCACAGCCAAGCACGGACUGAACCGCACUGACUACUACAUCAUGAACGAUCCUGAGCUGUCAUUUUUGGACGCGUAUAGAAACUAUGCUCAGCACAAAAGAGCAGGUGCCCCAGGCCCAGAGAACCUGUGCUGUCUCCAUCAGAUGAACUCCAAACUCUACAGUUCCCCUUCGUACUGCCAGAUGGAAAGGACCUGUGAGUCCCUGGAGAAUGAAGCUGAGUGCCAGAUCAAGCUUGAAAACCUGGAGGAUGUGCUCUCCCGGGCGGAGGGCAGUCCUCAGGACACGAGCUGCGACACAUUCCUGUCGACAGUGCGGGACAUCAUUUCCAUGAACUGUGAUGAGAGCUCCUUGCCGGACUCUCUGAUGUGCAUGAUGUAUGAGGAGAAGGCGUGUCCCAGUGAGCACAGCUCUCUCGCCCGUGACAGCCCCAGCUGCACACAUGUCAGCAACAGUGCUGCUAAAUUUGCUGAGGGCAAACUAGAUGGGGAUGAGGACCCAUCCAGCUGUGAGGCUGAGGCCAUCAGAGAGACCUCCUUCCUGGAGAGCUUGCAGAUGGGCUGUGACCAAAUGGAUAGUCCCAAUGAAGGCAGGGAGCUUUGGCCCUCAGCCCCAGCCAGCCAGCCCUCCAGGAGUGUCCCCACCGAGAUCAGUGAUGCCUUGCAGCGGGCCAGCCCAGGGCCUGGGUCACCUGAGCUCACCAGUGCGGAGGGGGUGAUCAGCCUAGGCCUGUAUGGGCCCAGUCUCCAUAACUUGGAGAUAAAGAUCCCACCGGAGCAGAGGUUCAUGGGCCUGUUACACGAGAAAGGCUUGGAGGAUAAAUCAGUGCCAAGUCAGAGCCACAGCGAGGAAGAGGAGGAGGAGGAGAAUUCUGAGAUGGCAGCAGAUGCUAUAGAAGGAUUGAGGGGCACCCCGGAGGCCAGGACUGAUGAGGACCCCAAAGCUAAUGUGCUAGUGGGGGAGGAACCUGGUUCUAGCCUUCCUGCUCCCAAGAACACUUGCCCAGAAGUGAAUGGUGAGGCAGAGCUUUCAGGACAGGUGGCAUCGCAGUGUAACAGUGGGACAGGGGAUGGGGAGGCCGACCACAAGAGCGCUGCAGAGCACUUGCCAGACUGGCCCAAGAGCCUCCCCCCAGCACCCAGCCCAGCUGCAGCUGCUCAGCCGAAGCUCCCGAACGCUGGGCCCGCCAGCAUGGGAGGGGAGCGCUGGGAAGCUGGCUCUGCUGCGCAGAUGGCGGGCGGUGUGGCCUGGCACCUGGAAGGGCACAAGCUGAAGCAGGAAGACGAUGAAUGUGAGAACAAAGACGAGGAAGAGAAAGAGGGCACUGGCCAGAGCCGAGAUUGUCCAGAGAAGUAUUCGGAAGAGGAGAGCAAGAGCUCUCCCUGUGCCCAGCCUGGAGAGAUGGACGAGCUGCAGGAUGCCCGUGCGCCCACCAUCGCCCAGCUGCUGCAGGAGAAGACGCUCUAUUCCUUCUCGGAGUGGCCUAAGGACCGAGUGAUCAUUAACCGCAUAGAUAAUAUCUGUCACGCCAUCUUAAAGGGCAAGUGGCCCUCUUCUAGCCAGCAGUUUGAAACACAAACCCUGAUGCCCACAUCAGUGUUAGCCAGCAACGCAGGCACUAGGAACAGCUUUGCCGAGCCAGAAGCCCCGGACCCCAGCUUCAACAACGGAGUGUUAGUUGCACAGGUACAAAAGGAAAGCUUCCUGGCUCCCGUCUUUACGAAGGAUGAACAAAAGCACAGGCAGCCCUAUGAGUUUGAGCUGGAGAGAGACGCCAAACCUAGACGUCUCGAACAGUUAGCUGCAUCGCACUCCCGUCCACCUGUAGUGCUGAACGGCUGGCGGGACUCUUCAGGGAACCUGGCCAGAGUAUCCGAUGGAUCGCCAGGAAACCCUUCUCCUUUCCCCCUGAACAGCAACCUGCCCAAGUUAGGGACGGUGCACUCCCUGCAGGGGUCCCUGGGCAUGGACUUGUCUGGCAUCCUCCAAGCAGGGCUAAUCCAUCCGGUCACAGGGCAGAUUGUCAAUGGAAGCCUCCGGAGAGAUGAUGCUGCCUUGAGGAGACGACGGGGCAGGAGAAAAAAUGUGGAAGGGAUGGACCUUAUCUUCUUGAAGGAGAGGAGCCUUCAAACCGGGCUGCAGGAUGUUCAGGAAGAUCAGACCCAGCCUGCACAGAGCAGCCCGCACCCGGACGGGCCAGUCACCGCUACCUCAACUCCGCAUACGGUCACAGCCACAAGCAUCCGGACAGAGAAGGCUGUUCCGAACAAGAGUCUCCUGGACUGGUUAAGACAGCAGUCGGACUACACACUCGAUGUCCCCGGCUUCAGCACAAGUUUUUCAGACAAGCCCAAGCAGAGGAGGCAGCGAUGCAAGGACCCCAGCAAACUGGACAUAAACUCACUCACAGGAGAGGAACGGGUACCUGUGGUCCAUAAGGGUACAGGACGGAGGUUAGGGGGAGCCAUGGCACCAGCAUUGAAGGAAUUGCCAAGGUGGCUUGAUGCAAACUUGGAGUAUGCUGUUGCAGCAGACUGGGCUGACAUUGUUAAGCUUUCAGGAUUCCUCCCAGAAAGCAAAUUCAAUCGUAUCCUAACUGAGCCUGUGCUCCGAGACACCGGGCCCCGUCGAAGAGGGAGGAGGCCAAGAAGUGAACUUAUUAAAGCCCCUGGUGUUGUAUCGGAUUCUUCUUCUGGAAUGGGACCGUUAUUCAUGAAUGGACUUAUUGCUGGAAUGGAUCUAGUGGGACUUCAGAACAUGAGAAACAUGCAAGGCAUCCCUUUAACUGGGCUGGUUGGGUUUCCUGCUGGAUUUGCAGCAGUGCCUGCUGGUGAGGAUGUCAAAAGCACCCUAAGUAUGUUGCCUAUGAUGCUGCCAGGCAUGGCUACUGUACCGCAGAUGUUUGGUGUUGGAGGACUUCUCAACCCACCAAUGACAACUACUUGUACUUCAACUGCUCCAGCUUCAUUAACAAGCACAACUAAAAGUGGUACAUCAAAUAUGGAAAAAGCUACUGAGGACAAACAAAGUAGCCAGGAUGUGAAAAAUGAACCUCUGUCUGAAGACAAACCUGGUCCUAGUUCAUUUUCUGAUCAGACAGAAUCUGCAAUAACUACCAGUAGUCCUGUAGCUUUUAAUCCAUUUCUUAUCCCAGGAAUGUCCCCUGGACUGCUCUAUCCAUCUAUGUUUCUUUCCCCUGGUAUUGGCAUGACAUUGCCAGGCAUACAACAAACCAGACACUCUGAGGCAACAAAUCUAGAAAGCCAGAAGCGGAAGAGAAAGAAAGCUAAAGGGGAACCAACAAAUCCAGAACCAGAAACUGUCUCACUGUCUGAAAAAGAAGCUGCAAACAGUCAAAACUGUACAGAGCAAACCCAAUCUUUGUCAUCAGAGAAAGAACAUGACCUACAAGUGGAAGAGAAGGAGUUAAAAGAAAUUAACAAUACCGAUUAGAAUUUUUGUUUCAUUAAGAAAAAAGAUUGUGGCUUGUAAGUUUCUUAUCCCAUAAAUAUUUGUUACUUACCCUCCUGCCCCCUCUUCACCUUCAUAAAACCUGUGUUUCCAUGAGUAAUAUUAUCUACCUAAUUCCCUGUAAGAAAACUAUGGUGACAUAUUAUAUGUUAAUAGUUGCAGGGUCUUGCCACUUUAUUAGAUAAACAGUGUUGUCUAGUUAGUAUGGGAGGCACAGAAUUCUUCUUCUGUUAUCCAGUUGUUCAUCCCAACCAACAAUAGUAAAUCCAGCACUUGGUCACCCCCAAAAUUGCUCAUUUAUCUGGGGAAAAAGAAAAAAGCAGAACCGGAGCAAAAGAAAGUACUUUCAUCUCUUGAUCUCAAAGCAGACAAGGAUAUUCCUUUUUACAGUGACACUGAAUGAAUAAAACUGUAUUUUGGGGUAAAAAGCACAGCUAUAGUAAGUGCUAAUGUGUAUUUUUGAUUUAAAGUAUUUCCCUAUUUUAUCAUGGUUACUAGAAUAGUAGUAUAGACAGAAGUAUAUAACUAAUGAUUGAAAAUGCAUAUAUUAAUUUCUUUUUAAAAAAGCAUAACUGGUAGUGAUAUAAUUUCCCCCCCUUUCACUCCUCGGAGUUUUGGAGACAAACUGCAGUAAGUGAAAAGAUUACGUAGACUUUAUUUUAUAUUUUUUUUAAACCAAAGUUUUUUUUUAUGUUUAGUGGACUUUCAGUUGCCCUUUCCUUGUUAGUUACAAGAACUUUUCCAGCUUGUGCUGAAAAGGUUUUGCACAUCUGCAUGUCUUUCAUUGAGGUUCUUGUACCUAAAGCUACCAGUUACUUCACCGGUCUGCUAGUAUUCAGUUCUCAUCUAUGGCAUCAGAAGUCCUGUAAAGAGUUGUUUUUCCAACAAUGAACAGGCCACUCAUAUAAUGCUCUUAUAUGAAUACUGAGGCUUUUGAGUUUUUAAAUUUUUUUUUUACAGUUCUCCUCCUCCCCCCAUAAGUGACAUAUUUUCUCAAAACAAAAUAAACAGACAGAAAGCUGUUGGGCUGGCUUUACAAUUGUGAGUCCUUUGAGAAGGAUUGUUGAGGUUUUCAAAGCUUGUGUUCAUCUUCCUUUUCUAGGGUUAGACUGUGAAGAGAUUAUUUUUGCUUCUUCUUUCCAUUCCUCUUUGUUCUAUUUGCUGUUGAACAGUGUUUCCCAGCAGUCCCGUUGGCAAAUAAUUCUACAGUAUGCAUUUUAAAUUAACGGGUUUUUAAUGUGAUCAGUCCCCCAAACUCUGUGUCUUGAGACACCUCCACAGGUAAACUCCAUGUCGUCCUCUCUCCUCACUGCUCCUGUUUAGUUUUUCUUUCACUUGGGCUUGUUCUUAUUUGCAGCUCAUGGUUUGAGACUUGAAAUAAACACUUAGUGGUGCAGCAGUGAAAUGGCAGACUGUUUGAGGGAGCUGAAGUGUGCUAGUAAUCAGUUUUGCAUUUGAUUGUCACCAUUUACUGUAUUUUUUACUUAUUUUCUGUUACAGUUUUCCUAAUUUAUCAGAUGGUCCAAAUGUUUUGACAUAACUAUUUCAGUUUGCAUUAUUUAUUUAUGAUGCUUUUUGUCACUGUCUUUUAUACAUUUGGGAUUAUAAAUUAUGUACAUGUUACAAUUAGCAUCUCAAAGAAGUCUGUUACCCAUGACCUAAAAAAUUAUAUUUUCAAGGAAUUUAUUCCCACUUUAUUGAAUUGGAUGUGAUUUUAAAAAAAUUAUGUAACUGAUCAUAAUACAAAAGUCAGAUCAUUAAAUGUGUUCUAUUUAAUAACACCCUUGUAGCAUAGAUACUGUAUCAUUAUCGACAGAUUUCUUAGAAAUGCUGCUAUCUCUAUUUAACUAACAGUUUGUUCAGUUUUGCCUCCAGUGGAAGCAGAAAGGGUUUUUUCAGCUGUUAAAUCCAAAAUCAAUAUAAUUUAUUUAUGUAAAAAAAUCACUUGAUUGAUAUAUUUUUGAACCUUUUAAGUACUAACUUUCUUUUUAUUCAGUAGAACAUGUACUUGCCCUAAAUCCUUAAAAUACAAAUGCUAUAAAACUUCA